GUUAUGUGAUGUUGCACAAAAAUAAAUCUAAAUCUGUUCAAUUCCUUUUGCCUUUUAGGUGGAUAAGUUCAAUAUUGAGGCCGUGGAUUUGGGGCAGGUGUUUAAGAUUCGUGUUCGUCAUAACAACUCUAUGAUUGGGGCUGAUUGGUACCUGGACCAGGUGGAGGUGCUGGAUGUGGAAACAGAAGAGGUAUACAUGUUCCUGUGUGAGCGCUGGCUAUCAACGAAGAAAGAGGACAAACGAAUAGACAGGACCUUCUACGUCAAGGGGUAUGAGGGUGAAAGAAGCUCUGAUCCAUAUUCCAAAAUGAUUGCUCAGGCCAAACUGGGACUGGACAAGAAUGCCAACAAGAAGAAAAAGAAGAAAAAGGCAGUAGUGGUUGAAGAGGGUCCAAUCAUCCCUUAUCACUUCACCCUGUCCACGGCGAUCGAACAAGAUGCCAGCACCACAGCGAGGGUUUAUGUCAUCAUCAUUGGUCCCAAUGACGUCGAGACAGACCGGCUGUGGCUGGACCUGCCAGAGGGAAAGAAAUCCUUCACAGCUGGCUCCAUGGAGCACUUUGUGUGCUAUGGAACUGACGUGGGAGAGAUCAAGAGGGUGGAACUUGGCCAUAAUGGUGUCACACCAGAGAGCUGCUGGUUGGUGGAUGAGCUGUCGGUUGCCGUGCCAACCAAAGGUAUCAAGUACAUCUUUCCAUGUAAGUGCUGGCUGGCUAAAGACAGGGGAGAUGGUCUGACUGCCAGACUGUUCAAUGUGCUGGACUCCAGCACGAUCAACAUUAUCCGCAAAGUUGUUUAUUCAGUCACGGUUGCCACAGGUGACAUUCAGUAUGCAGGAACUGAUACCAACAUUUUCCUGACUGUGUUCGGAGCCAAUGGGAGCACAGAGGAAAUGCUUCUGCCCAAAAAUGAGGAUAGGUUUGAAAGAGGGCAAGAAGACACAUUUACCUUGGAGAUAGAUGACAUCGCUCCUUUGAAGAAGAUCAGAAUUCGAAUAGAUGGCACCGGAAGCCGCCCAGACUGGUUUCUUGACAGGAUCCUGAUGAGAAACCUGACCACAGAGGAAGAGUACCUGUUCACCUACGAGAACUGGCUGUCCAAGACCAAAGGGCCCAAGAGGACAAAGGUGUGUGAGCUGGCGGCUAUGGUGGAUGACGAGGAGAUGGUAGAAAAAACAACUUACAUCAUCCAAAUCCAGACUAGUGACGUUGCAGGUGCUGGCACUGAUGCCAACGUAUUUCUGAUUGUGUUUGGGGAGUAUGGAGACACAGGGACGCUGCCUCUGAAAGAGAGCACCAACAGAAACAAGUUUGAGCGAAAAAUGAAGGACGUGUUCAGAUUUCCUGACAUGCUCAGUCUGGGCGAACUGUCAAAAGUCAGAGUGUGGCAUGACAACAAAGGCCCUGCUCCUGGAUGGCACCUGGAGUACCUUGACGUGAAAGAUGAGGCCCUGGACAACACCUUCAGGUUCCCCUGUGACCGCUGGUUGGCAAAAAACGAAGAUGACGGGCAGAUUAUGAGGGAACUGGCUUGUGCCAACAAUGAUUUUGUAGACCUCAGUGACAAAACAAAAUAUGAAAUUGCCACAACAACUGCUAACGCAGAUGACGCCUCCACAACGGAAAAUGUCUGGAUCCUGCUGGAAGGAAGGAAAGCCCGUUCCAAGGAGUUUGUUCUGGAGAAUAAGAAAAAGAAGUUCUUAAGCGGUGCCACUGACACGUUUGAGUUCUCGUCAAAGCACGUGGGGGAAAUCGCUAGCAUCUGCGUUGGCCACAUCACAAAAGACGGCAAGAAGGUGAAGAAUGAGGCUUUCUGGCAUGUUAUGGAGGUGGUGGUGACAGAAAAGGAGCUGGGAAACAAGUAUUUCUUCCACUGUGAUGCACAAAUUCCCCUGGCAGCCAAAAAAGACCAGUUCCAGACAUUCGAGUGCUAUAAAUCCAUCGAGAGCUUUGCAAGCAAAGUCCGCAACCUGGUCCCUGUCAAGUAUGAAAUCAUCGUCAUCACCGGGGACGUCAAAGCGGCCGGCACAGACGCAAAUGUUUUUAUCACCAUGUAUGGCGUCAAUGGUGACUCAGGCAAGCGUCACCUACGGCAGAAGUUUCGCAACCUUUUCGAGCGAGGGCGGACAGACCGCUUCGUUCUGGAGAUGCUGGACCUUGGGGAAUUGCUGAGGGUCAAAGUGGAGCACGACGGCACUAGCCCCAACAGUGGGUGGUAUUUAGAGUGUAUUGAGGUGACCAACACAGCCAAUUCAGUCACAACAAUCUUCCACUGUGGAAAGUGGUUGCACACUGCUAAAGCUGAUGGACAAAUUCAGCGAGUGCUAUAUCCCAGAUAUUAGAAUAAUGCUAGAAAGAAAGAGUGGGUGAGCAUUUGCUUUUUCCUAUUUGACUCAUUUGUUUUGUUGGGGGGUUUUACCAAUUGUAAGAGAAACAUUGCACGGAAAAGUUAGAGUUAAUCCAUCUGAAUAUAAAUGCAUUUCAACUUUUUCAGGAUAAAGCCAGUUUUUUGUUUUUAUUUGUUUUGUUUUUUUUUAAGUUUGUGCCAACUGUUUAGGCUGUCACUCUUCAGAAAAAGCCAUUUGCUUCCAUCUCGCACAAAUAAACAGAACUGAAUAUUACCCAGCUCACCACAACAAAUAUUUACCUUCAUUUUAC